UAACUCUUGCUUGAUUACUGUUUCAAAGUGCAAUCGCGUGAUGUCGAGGAUUUGUGUGAAGAAUCUUCUUAAACAUGUUGCGGAGGAUGAACUACGGGAAUUCUUUUCUGAGAAAGGAAUAAUCACUGACGUCAAGCUCAUGCGUACCAAAGAUGGUAAGGGUAGGCAAUUCGCGUUUAUAGGGUAUCGAACAGAAAAGGAAGCUCAUCAAGCCAUUCGAUAUUUCAAUAAUUCUUUCCUUCGCACAUCUAAAAUUACAUGUGAGGUAGCUCAAAAACUUGGGGACGAAAAUCUUCCUCGUCCAUGGAGUCGCCAUUCGAAGAAGAAAGACGACAAAGGGACUGUGCCGGAUGUGGGGAAACCUGCUAGAGCUAAGGGCUGGAAAGAAAAUUUGAAGAAUGGUGUGGAUGUUGAUGACCCACAGCUUCAGGAUUUUCUUCAGGUCAUGCAGCCUCGGGUUAACUCUAAGAUGUGGGCAAAUGAUACUUCCGGUUUGACCAGUGUUGGCAACAACAGAGCAGUCUCAAAUAAGGAUAAUGAAGGUGCAUCAGUUUCAACUGAUGACAGUGGCUCAUUGGAAGAUGGAUUUCUGGAUAUUUCCGAACCCAGUGGCAAGUCACAUGAGCUUGACCGUGAUGAGGUCAUUUCAGAUAUGGAUUAUUUCAAGAGUAGGGUGACAAAAGAGUGGUCUGAUUCUGAAAGUGGUCAUGAAGAUAAUCACGGCAAUGAUGAUAAUGAUGCCUCACUAAUGACAAUGAUGACAACGAUGAUAAUAGUAGUGUUAAUGAAGAUGGAAAAAGAAGUCAUCCAACAAUGUAGGGAUGCUCCACUAUACUUGGAGUGAGCUCCUUCCAAUAUUCUUAGCGAAAGUUCAACAUCAAAAAAUGAUGACAUGAAUGGUGCAAUUGGUGAAAAUGAUGCCAAGAGGCAGAUAUUGGAGCAAAACGUGGAAAGAAUAACAGAUGUUGAUAUUGAUCCAGACAGAGUAGAGGCUCGGUCCCUAUUUGUCAAGAACAUAAAUUUCAAGACAACAGAUGAAAAUCUGAGGAAACAUUUUAGUGAACUCAUGAAAGACGGAAGAAUUUUGAGUGUGAAGGUACUUUUUAAUUGCUAA